AAGAAAGUGAUUUAUUGAUCAUGGCUGGGGGAAUGAGAUUCAGGAUGAAAACUGCCAUUGUUCUUAUCUUCUUCACAAUUUGCUUCAAUCUUAGCACAAUCCAAUGUACCCUAUCAUUCGGGAAGCGGAAGCAGUUUCAAUUGCAAAACAAAGAAACUAAUACCCCGAACUUCAUAAGGCUCUUAAUAAUGAGGCUCAUAUUUGGGCUCGCGAAGAGCAUGGGACUUGCCGACAGACUCUCCGGAUUUUUGGGAGGAAUUUUUGUGCCACCAGGAGCCGACGAUUACGACUACGGGGAUGAUUACGGCGGCCUCGAUUUCGGAGGCGAUGACUUAUUCUAG